AUGGACCCUGAAUCAAGGAUACGGAAACGCAUCCCAAAGUCUUGCCGACGAUGCCAUCGUCGUAAGCAGAAAUGUAUGGGCUUUCCGACUUGCUCGAAUUGUGAAUCCGCCAACCAGCCUUGUUCGCGCAGUGAAACUUCUCCAUCAUGGCAUCAUGCUAUGUCUAAAGAGGCACUCGCGCAUCAGAUUGAGAACCUUGAAGCUCAACUCGCUGUCGCUCGAGAUAAUAAUGCUUCUACCGGUCACAAUGAACCAAGCCCAUCUGAUGUGACGAGUCGCCAGCGACAUCGGCGAGAUGCUGCUCACAAUGACCAUCUCCGUGGGGUAAUUCGAUUUUUGACACUGGGUCAUGGGACAAAUGAAGAACAGGCCUAUCUGGGGCCGUCAUCUGGAGUCUCCAUCGUGGAGAAUGUCAGUCGAUUGGUUCGUGAUGCAGCCGGAGCAAAGCUGCUGCCCAUCGACAACAGUAUGCAACAACCAGAGGCAUCGGUGGAAAGUAGCGGCGAAACAAAAGCGGCUCCACCAGACGAUUUGACUGGGUCUAAGAUUCUAGACGCAUAUUUUAACAACAUGCAUGUUCGACUUCCCUUUCUAGAUCGAUGCGAAAUCCUUGAUUUACAUGCCAUGAGACAUCGGGUGCUGGGAAACACACCAGGGGAGCAAUUUGGUCAAUUCAAGCUUUUCAUGGUCUAUGCAAUUGGCGCGGCCAUACUGCAGGUCACAGAAACCUAUAAAAGAACUCCUCCCAACAUGUUUCUCGUGACAGCGCUGGGAUUCGAUCCAACGCUGAGAGAGUCAAUCUCCAUUGCCAGCAUAGAGGCAAUGUUACUGCUUGUGCUAUACAAUCUCCGAACAACUUCCAACUCCAGUGUUUGGUACAUGAUUGGCCUGGCAAUGAGAACUUGUGUCGACUUCGGGCUACAUAGAGAAGCGCGAUAUCAGAGGCUCCGACCGCACGAGGCCCAACUACGGCGCCGACUCUUUUGGAGUGUUUAUAUCACCGAGCGUUAUACUGCAUGGUCUCUUGGCCGACCUUUUAGCAUUCCGGAAGAAGAAAUCGACGCCGAACCGCCGUUCAAUAUUGACGAUUCUAUCAAUAGCGACGAAAUUGUCGAACAAAUCGUCAAUAACCAUGCAGAUACGCCAGCUCAACAGCAGAGUGCUAUCAUGGGGAAAUUCAUUGCGACGAUAAGACUGAAGAGGAUCGUCUCCCAGAUCCAUGCACGCGUUUACCGAGUUGACAAGCAUAUCUCAACCUUACUCCCAGAAAUCACUCCGCUCAUGUCGGCCUUACAGGAGUUCAAAACAACUCUAUCCUCUCUCGACCUCGCCAGUGGAGAUUUUGUUCAUAUGCACUGGAAUAACGCUAUUCGUAUGCUGUUGCAGCCCUUUCUCAGCACACUGCACCCACAAAAUGAACUCAUUAGCACCUGCCUCCAUGCCUCGGGGCAAAUGUGCCAGUACUUCAAGAAAAUACGCCAAAGAGACUCAUCGGGCCAUUCAUUUUUGCUUGUGAACUCGGUCUUCAUGGCAGGCUUAACAAUGUGCUUUUGCCUAUUCCGACGUCCCAGUUUGUGGACUCCCGCAAUAUCAAACGACAUCCGCGCCUGUUCCUCCGUACUGUGUGUCAUGGCAGAACGAAAUGACAGAUUGAAAAAGUACCGAGAUGGCCUUGAAACAGUUAUCAACCGUGCGAUGGAGUAUGUUGAAGAUGCAUAUCAGACGAGUCCCAACAAUUAUGGCCUUUGUGCCCAAAUGGCCAUUAGCAACGGCCAACUACACCCGAUCACGAUAUCAAAUUCUACGACUAGCGCCAAGUCUCAUAUGCAGCCUUUACAGGAUCAUGCACUGCAGGGCAUCGGGACUGAGGAAUACGAUUGGCAAAAUGUAGAUCUCUUCUCAGAUCUCCCCGGUCUUCCACCAAAUCUGCAGAAUUUGUUCACUGGUGACCGUGCGGAUGUCCUAAAUUCGUCAUUUCAUGGUUUUUUCGCGGACGAUCUUUGGGCGAGCGAUGCCUUUCAUCUACCGUUUUUAGAGGAACAUGAGCGUAUGACCUGA